UUUCAGUGAAUAUCUACAAUAAACUUGUUUGAUUAGAAACAAAUAGGGCCCUACAAACCAAAACAACACAACCUCCAGAAGGGCCGGAUCCACCCAUAUUUAGCUUAAUGCAGUUUCCCUACAUCGAAUUAUCUAAAAUAAUUAAAAAAUGACUGCCGAUGAACGAAAUUUCCGGUCCAGUUAUUAUGAAAAAGUAGGCUGCCAUAGUGUCGAGGAAAAGAAAUCACUUAACAAAUUGUUACAGGAUAAUAUACGCAAUCAUGUCAAACUGAAACAAUUCUGUUUGAGCUACACCGUUCCUACCACACAUCGCAGCCUCUUGUGGAACAUUAUUUUGGGCGUUAUGCCAUUGCAUAAGAACUCCACCGAAUUCAUUAUGAAUCAACGCAAAGCUGUCUAUGAUGAUCUACUCAGAGCUGUAAAUAUAAUGCAAUAUGGCUCUACAACAAAACCGAAAGUAUUGCUAAGUAUGUGGCAAUUGGAACAAAAUCGUCUUUUGCACUCAGGACCUGAGGAUAUAGCUGAUCAGGUGUUUAUGGAAAUAGUUAAAGUGUUGCUACAGAUAUUCAACGAUGAUGUUGAGACAUAUUGGUUGGCAAAAGAAUUCUAUGCCUGUACUCUAGAUAUACAACAAGAAUGUCCUAGACUGAAAGAGUUGACUCAGACACUACUUAAAAAAGACGAUAUGCAGUUGUAUAGUCACUUGGAAAAUUUGGAUGUUUUCAAAUCAGACCAAUUAUUAGAUAGAUGGUAUAUGACUUGUUUUGCCGGUGUCAUCAAUGAAUCUACCUUAGUACGUGUAUGGGACAAAAUAUGUGGCGGAUCAAAGAAAAUCGUCGUAUUUAUAUUCCUAGAGAUGGCCAAGGCUCUAAGCGAUAAGGCAAUGAAAUGCAAAACCAGUAACGAGUUUAAAAAUCUGAUAGAGCAGGUGGGUGUGAGAGGUAUUGAUAACUUCAUCUCUAUUCCGAAUGAGUUGUUUCCUAACGGGGAAACAUUUAUUCAAAAUGGAAUUGGGGUGGUCAAAGAUCCGGAUGCUCUAAUUGUAAACAAAGCGAUAAAAGCAUGGCAAAACAGCAAUCAACACAGUGAAAAAAUAACUGUUCAUUAAAGUAAAAAUUACUCGUUUUAUAUUCAUUAAUAAACUAGCUUUACCAACAGAAAUGUUAACUUAAAUAUACUUGAAAACAACAUCA